AUCACUAAGGCCACACUAAAAUUACCUAAAUGCACCAUUGAUUUCAAUGCCCACAUUUUGCCUUUAGGGAACAUGAGAAGGUGACAAUUGGAUCCUGUCAGGGGUUAAUGCCAGUGAACUGGCCAGAAAUCAAGGAUACUGGGACUGAUAGAAAUCACCACAAAGAAGAUACUACAACUGAUUCAAAAAGCAAGAUGAAACAAGCUAAGAAGAAGUCAUCUGUAUCAUGUUGUUCCAAGUUAAAGAUAUUUCUGGUGGCAUUAGCAUUUGCCUACCUGACCAAAACCAUGUCUGGAGCUUAUGUGAACAGCAUGCUCACACAGAUUGAACGGCGGUUCAACAUCCCUGCUUCAUUGGUUGGAGUUAUCAAUGGAAGUUUUGAAAUGGGUGACUUCCUUGUGAUAGGCUUUGUGAGUUACUUGGGAGCCAAACUUCACCGACCACGUACAAUUGCACUUGGCUGUGCACUUAUGGGUUUGGGGUGUUUCUUGAUAGGGCUGCCUCAUUUUCUGAUGGGAAGGUACCAAUAUGAAAAGACUGUUUCUCUGUCUGAAAAUUCUUCAAGCAUGGCUGUUUGCCUUACAAAUCAAAGCCUGUUUUCUCUUCCUACUGAGCAACCUACAGAAGAAUGUGAAAAAAAGAUUAGAUCUACAAUGUGGGUGUUUGUCUUGGUGGGAAACAUCAUCAGAGGAAUUGGUGAAACUCCCAUCGCACCUUUAGGCAUUUCAUACGUAGAAGAUUUUGCAAGGACAGAAAAUUCACCUUUCUACAUUGGAUGCCUACAGAUAGCAACAGUGUUGGGCCCAUUGUUAGGCUUAUUGAUUGGUUCCUAUUGUGCCCAGUUGUAUGUGGAUGUUGGAUUCAUAAAUUCAGAGGAUAUAACAUUAAGCCUCACUGAUGCUCGUUGGGUUGGGGCCUGGUGGCUAGGAGUCCUGAUUUGUGCUGCCGUGAACCUUCUUGUUGCUGUUCCCUUCUGCUUUAUGCCCAAGAGUCUUCCAAAGGAAGGUGAAGAAGACUGCACUGAUUCAACAGCCAAGGGCAACAAGGCAUUUCUGCCGACAGAAAAUGAAGACCAGACCAAACUGACCAUGCGUGAACUCACUAAAGAUUUCAUCCCUUACCUGAAAAGCCUUGCUUGCAACCGAGUUUACAUCCUUUUUGUAAUCAUCACCGUGUUACAGUUUAAUGCCUGGAUUGGGGCAAUCACCUUUAUGCCAAAAUAUCUGGAACAGCAAUAUGGAAUAUCCGCCUCAGAUGCUAUUUUUUUCAUAGGUGUUUAUAAUUUACCAAUUAUAUGUGUGGGAUAUUUCCUUGGAGGCCUUAUGAUGAAGAAAUACAAGAUAAACACUUAUAAAGCUGCCCAUAUAGGCUUUUGGACUUCAGUGGUAGAGUAUCUCCUCUACUUCUCUGCUUUUUUCAUGUUCUGCAGAAAUGCUUCAGUUGCCGGCUUAACAAUCUCCUAUGGAGGGAUAGAACAACUCUCCUAUGGAGAAACAAAUCUGUACACUGACUGUAACCGUGACUGUGGAUGCUCAACUAAGCAGUGGGAUCCUGUUUGUGGAGACAAUGGACUAAGCUAUGUUUCAGCCUGUCUUGCUGGAUGCAAAGUAUCAAAUGGAACUGGAAAAAAUGCAGUCCUUAAAAACUGCUCCUGCAUCUCAGCAUCAGGAUUUCAGUAUGGAAAUGGCUCAGCAGUUGCAGGCCAGUGUGGCAGAGAGGGAAACUGUGGCACAAUGCUACACUUCUAUUUAAUUUUAUCUUUAGUGUGCUGCUUGAUUUAUUCCCUUGGAGCCAUGCCAGGUUACAUGGUCUUAAUAAGGUCCCUAAAGCCAGAGAUGAAGUCAUUUGGUGUGGGUCUCCAUUCCCUGGCAGAAAGAACUUUUGCUGGAAUCCCAUCACCUAUUUAUUUUGGAGCUAUGAUUGACAGCACAUGUUUGAAAUGGGGAACAAAGAAGUGUGGUGGCAGAGGUGCAUGUCGGAUGUAUGAUACUGACAAAUACAGAUGGCUCUACCUGGGUGUGCCAGCAAUUCUUCGGGCAGUCUCCUACAUCCCUUGUGUAUUUGUACUCCUUAUUUUAAGGAAGCAACAGAGGAACCAAACAAAUGAGAACACAGAGACAGAAUCCAAAGAGGAGAAUGGACCAGCUGAACUGAAAGACAUGUCUGAAGUUCAAAACUAUAUACAUUUGCAACCUCCCCCAACUGGAGAUCAUGAAAGUGUGAACUUGUAAAAAAAAAAAAGAGAGAGAGAGAGAGAGAGAGAGAACAGAAAGCUUGUACUCAGAUGAACGAGGUGUAGGUCAUUCAAACUCAUGUGUAUGUGUGUCACUCUUGGCAGUCUUUCCAGAAUACAAACACUUUGUACAGCUGGCAGUAACAGAGUACUAAUGGUGACACUUCUCCAUUGUGAAGAUUGUAAAAAGAAUGUAAAAUUUCUGGAAAUGGUGAAGCCAUGGGGGGGGGGGACCUUGUUUUCCUAUAUUAUUAUUUGGAAAACAUUGACAUUUUAGGAGAAAUAGGAACAAAAUGGAGGAAAAUAGCACCCUUUACAGAUUAAAAGUCCCUUUGGAUGUUA